GGAGGGUUGCAGGAGGGUUGCGCGGCGGUUCCUCCUCGGGGAGCUGAGGGCUGUCCGGUGCUGAGGGGGGAAGAUGAGCUCAGCGCGCGCCGGGGGGCAGGUAACGUCAGCAGUCGGCCGGAGCAGGCAAAGACUGUACAUACACACCCACCAAGUGUUUAUCGCCGCUUAAUCACUGAGACACACCGACUCACAUUAAUAAUGGGCAGCUAAUCAGCUCCGUGUGACUCAGCGCCGCUUUUCUAAUUCCGAUCCAUGACAGCCUCGGCAGCAUCCCGCGCCCUCCGCUUGGCUUGAAAUGGGAUGAUAUGGGAUUUUUCAUGUCGACGAAGAUCGCAGGGAUUCUUGCUUUUGCCUUGGUUUUCCUCUCCCUGACGGUGUCGGAAGACUCUCCAGAUGUGAGGUGUGAGAACAUUUAUAAGGAUUUCUCUGACUGUGUCCUGGAGCUGGGAGAGAGCAUGGACAACUACCAGGAGAACGUGACCAGUGAGCGGGGAGUGGCGGCCGUGUGCAGCCACUGGGAAGCCUUCCACACAUGUGCCCUCACCGCGCUGUCCGACUGUCAGCAGGAAGUCAGCUCCAUCUGGGAGACUCUGAGGCAGGACUCCAGGAAGAUGCGCUUCCAAGGAAGUCUGUUCGACCUGUGUAGCCCCAGCUCCUCUCCCAGCAUAAGUCCUCCCCUCGCUGCUCUUACCCUGCCACUGAUGGGCAUGCUGGUCCUGACUGGACCCGACUGGUCCUGUAUAUAGACGGGGGGGUGGGGUUGAAGGUGAGGAGGGCCUCCAGUUCCCCUGGGUUCAGUCCGCCUGAGCUCACACUUAAAGCCAAGGAUUUAAGAGGGAUAAAUGUUUUAAUAAUUCUGACACAGAGCCACGGAGGUCUGUGGCAAGCCAAUCAAUAUUUGCCGUGAUGAAAAAUGUUUGAGAUCUUCUCAAAUACUUCAGCUUGAUCCUUCCUUAUGUUGAGAAACUGAUAGAGUAGUUCAGAAAAUUGCCUUUCCACCAUGUCAUCAGUGCAGGCAAACUAAAGCAAUCGCUCCAAGUAUUCAAGGGAUUCCAGUGUGAUCAAAACAGCUUACAGUCAGACACCUGUGGCUCUUUGUUACCAAUGUACAAGGGGUGGACAUAGUAUCAUGAGCACCUGUAUGAUCUAAUGCAAUCCAAUACAAAGACUUCAUUUUAAGGCAGUGUUUGUGAAGUUGUGCUGGUUUUCAAUAUGAGACAGCAAGGUGUUCAUAUUUUUUUGUCACCUCUGGUAGCAUGUGUUGCAUUGAAUCAUUUUAUGAAGAUGGUCAAAGGAAUAGUUUAACAUUAUGAGAGACAGCUGAGAAGAUCUAUGCCACUCUCAAGUCUAUGCUAAAUAUGAAUAGCCAGCGGCCAGUUAGCUUAGCUUAGCCCAGGGUGCCUAUGGGUGCUCCCAGUCCAAUAUGUAACUCUCCGCAAAAUCACAACUUGUCGUUUUUACACUAUAACACUAUACGAUUGAACAAAAACAAAACAAAAGUGUUUAUUUUUAAGUUUUAGUGGUGCCAGUGUGCCGAUUUUAUAACCUUUUGGCAGAGCUAGACUAGCUGCGUUCACCUGUUCUGUGUCUUUGUCUGCAUUUUCAGGCGAGUUGUAUGGAUGGAGAUAAUUUCUGAAACUGCACAAAAACAAGGCUGGACAGAGAUUUUUAUUUUUGUUUUUCAAAAAUCUGUUUGUGUGGACAAGGCCUCAGUGUGUAGUCGUGAGAGUGGUAUCGAUUGUCGCAACUUCUUAAACUCAAACUAUUCCUCUCAUUUAAAAGCUAUAGUUUCUGUUAGACACUAAAAUACUACGUUUAAUCUCCAGUGAGUUUGGACAAAUACAGCCAAGCCAUCAUGGUGUAAUCAGCUAUCAUGUGACGCGAAAAGAAUUAAAGGAGCACUUCACCAAAAAUGAACAGCAAUAGCUUAGUGAAUCUUAACCCGCGCUUACCGUGAAAACUGUUGAAAUGCGUUGCGAGGUAAGAAGACCCAACUGCACGAGUAAGCCAGACAUUGAUUUCACACACUUGAUUGCACGAAAGCAAGCGACUAAAUAAUCCAGACAUCUCACAGGUGAAAUGCCCCUUUAAUCUGUUUCUAAGUGUAGUUAAUGUUUGUGUAAGUGACAAUCAAGCCACUUGUAUAGAACUUUUGCCCCCCCCACGUUCCCCUCAACACCUCAGCCCACUGUGGCUGUUGAUGUUGCACGGCUGCUAUAAAGACACCAAAAACAGACAUCUGACACGGCAUCAUCACGCACUCACCUCACUCAGCGCUUUUGGUCUUACCCUACCAUCUUACCCUCGUUCAACCUCCUGACCGGUUGGUGUUUGUGCAAGAGGAAGACCCGAAGACUUCAGAGCUCAGUGUUUGUUUCACUCAACCUUCUCACUUGUAGUAAUGUGAUAUUUCUAGGACUUAACUUUAAAGCAACAUUAUGUGACUCUGUGAGUCCCACACUAUGCCCUAAUCACUUGCAUUCACACUAUGUAACUCAGGCAGGCGGGUAGGAUCGCCCAGGAGAAGUGCGUCACUCGGCAGCACGUCACACAGUUAUGUUGGAGAAAAUGGAUCUUAUUUAAUGGAUGCAACUUUUUCUGGUCUCUCUCUGACUGCUUUGCCUCAACUGUCUGCGAUGGUUUACAAAUGAGAGAUGGCUCUAACUGCUAACUGCUGCUAACUGUAUCUGCUGUUAGCUGGCUAGCUCAACCGACAUCACGUCUGAUAAAACUGUUACACCGAUUUGUUUUUCAAGUGGUGGUGUUCAAACUGCGGCGGCACCAAAAUGCACAAAAUACUAAUUCCUACAUACUGUUGCUCUAAAGUUCUCUAAGUACUGCAUGAACACAGUAUGUGACAAAGUACACAGACAGACUGCACAGAUGAGAUUGUCAAAGAAGAAUCUGUAUAAAAGUGCAGCUAGAAGUGAUCGUGAAAAUUCCCAAAUUAACUUAUUUCAAUGGCUGAGUAUUCCUACACAGUAUUUACUUUACUUUAAACUCAUAUAAUUAAUCUCUAAUGAAGACAAAUUCAACUAAUGUCUUGAGUGAUCCAAAGCAAAAGCUUAUUUUUGUAAAGUAUCCACACAAUACCUUUUGUAUCAGCAGUAUUUCAAUUCAAGAUCUUCCCGUUAAUGCACUACAAAAUUAUGAUGUCAAGCUAAACAGAUUCCAAACUGUGGUGCUCCAUUUAUCUGUUCUGUGCUUUUAAUUGAUAUAACUCUGGCUUGAUGUUAAACAAAGUCCACGAAGCUUCAAAAGCAGCCAAGGACGUCUGCCGUGAGUCUCAUCAACAGAAGUAAGCUUUGAAGCUGCAGGUUGUUGCAUUCCCAAAGCCCAUAAACCCCGUGAGAUAUCGCUAAUUGUAAAGGUCUUUCAAUAAUACUAGGUUUCCUUCAUUGGACUGUUACUGCAAUAGUCACCUAGCUUCAGAGCAAAUUAAAAAUGUACGAGCAAUAGCAUCAAUUUGUUUUGCUUGUUUUUGUUUUUGUUUUUCCAAAACUGUCACCAUUUGCAUAUUUCCUUUAACACUCAUGGUCCCAACAGGCAUCGCACAACUAUGGAAUGAUUUCUGUGGUCCUGGAUAUUUUCCAAACUCUUCUAUCACAACUGCAUGAUAAUUUUAGUGACAGUGCUUCAAGAAUAACGAACAGUCUGUUGAUUUGGACAAAGUGUACAGUGCUACUGAUCUGUGCAUGAAGUUAAGCUAUAGCUCCUCAGUGUCUCUGCGUCCUCUUUAUGCAGAUGCAUUACCCGCCAUCCUUACCUCCAUUUAGCAUGUUUGUUCUAGCUGUUUCUAUUUAUUUCACGUUUCCAUCGUGUGUCUGGUGGUGAGAAUACAAAAAAAAAAAAAAGUGAUGUCCUCGAAGCAUGAGCAAUAUGUACGGUCACUUCCAAAGAGAGGUCUCUAAUCCCCUCGUACACUGUUGAAGAAAGCAUGAAAAACGAUUGUGUUAUCAUAAAGCAUUAUUAGACCACAAGGAAGUAACCCUAAGGACAGUUUAAACAUGGAAAGAACUCCUGAAUGUAAAAACAAGUUCAGCAUCCAUGUGGAUUUUUCAGUUUACUGAUAGAAAAGCACACUAUUUACAAAUCUGUAUAAAGCAAUAUAUGGCAGAGUAAUGUGUUUGUAAUAAUAAAGCACCAUGUUUAAAACA